GAACGACGCACGACGACGAUGCUUCGCGCCUUCGUCAGUCAGUAAAAACGCGGACGUCCAACUGCAUGGACCAGACCGAUUUACUCUUCGGCAGAUUCGUUGACUUUACUUUUAAAUCGUGAGAUCAUACAAGUUAAGUAACUGUACCGCCCUGGCACAAGCCCGGAAAACUCUAAUAAGAUCACCAAGUUUAAGAAUAGCUCGAGGAACAUUUGAAAAUACGUUUAUCGUAUUUGUUCCAAGAAAAUCUUAAACAAAAAUACAAACUGUUGAGUUUUUAGCAGUGGGUGUGUUUUAAAAGUUUGUUUUUAAAUUGUUUGUUGUUGCUGCUAAAAAAAUAAAUCAUUCUUAUUACGCGAUGUUGAGGCAGGUAGCGAUCCUCCUGGCUGUGUUGGCGGUCGCCUCCGCGAUCGACCAAUUUCGCGAGAUAUUCCGGUGGAACACGAUGGACAUUGUGUGGCCUUCUGAAGAAAUACGGACCAAAGUAAUUGACCGCAACGAGUACAUACCUGAAAACAAUGCAAUUGCGGGAAUAAAAUUCUGGAGAAAACGAAUGUUUUUGACAAUACCUAGGUGGAAGCACGGAGUGCCAAUCACUCUUGGUGUGGUACCAGCAGAGCCUCAAAACCGAAACUGGUCACCGAAAAUUGAGGCCUAUCCGUCGUGGGAUAUGCAGGCUGUAGGGGACUGCAGAGCGUUUCAAUUCAUCCAGAGCAUGGAGAUCGACACCGAGGGCAGAAUGUGGGUCCUGGAUACCGGUAGAACAGCCACGAUGACCACUGAGGCCAAAGCCAGGUGCCCGCCACGAUUAGUUAUCUUAGACAUUGAGAAAAACGGUGAAGUUCUCCGCAGUUUUCCCUUCCCGGAAUCGGUAACUGCCGCUGACAAAGUUUUUCUCAAUGACAUCGUGCUGGAUCACACUGACGGUGGGUACGCUUACAUCUCAGACACCAGUGAGACAGAUCCUGGUCUGAUAGUCUUCUCGUUGCGUGAAAACAAGUCCUGGAAAAUAAGACACGAGUCAAUGAAACCAAAAUCAGAGGCUAUUGGUUUUUCGGUGGCACGCACAUGGAUAACAUCGCCGAUUCCCAUUGAUGGAAUUGCAUUGUCACCUGUUGACGCUCCUCAGCGUUACGUUUACUACUCACCAUUGUCAGCAUUUAAUUUAUACGCUAUUCCGACUUCCGUUCUGAAAAACAACACAGAAAAUGUUGAUUCAUUUGUACGUGAUAUUGGACGGAAGAGUUCACAAACCGACGGUAUGAUGAUGUCAGCUUCUGGUGUGCUUUAUUUCGGUCUUCUUGCUGAUGACGCGGUCGCCAUGUGGGACACCAAGAACCAGCCGUCAUUCGUCACCGGGCAGAGAAUCAUUUCCCGCGAUCACGUACAAAUGCAAUGGCCAGACACUUUCGGGUUUGAUGAAGACGGUAACUUGUGGUGUGUCACUAACAGCCUCCAGAACUUUAUCAACAACAGGGUAGACCCCUCUGUGGCCAACUACCGGGUUAUUAGGAUCUCCACCGGCUACAAGAGCUACCAGUACCACGAGGACGGCACAGCACCCCCAGCUUUGGUAAUAACCGGUGGUGCUGCCGAUCAUGUCGCCUUUGCGAUGGCCACCCUCAUCCUGGCUAUUCUCACUUUAGCUCUUAAAUAGGAAAUAUAAGCAGCUAAACUUUUUACAACAUUUGCGUCGUCAUCGUCACCAACGAGCAGCUGCAGUUUCAUGUGAUCUCCGUAAAACAUCACUGAUACUCGGUCGAGCUUCAAUACAUCUUAUGAACCGUGCUGCCGUCCAGUUGUGGAUAGUUAAUCUAAAAAUCUAAUUAUUAAUUCAUAAUUUGAAUAUUUAUAAUUCAAUAUUAUUUAUAAAAUAGUUUGGAUGUAUAAGAAGCUAAAAUUCAAAAGAUAAUUUUAAAAAAUUUAUAUUUUAAGAUUUAGUUUUUUUUUAUUUAUUAAAAAAAAAAAUUUUUAAAUAUUCUUAUGAAUUUUAUCUUCUUAAAUGUAUAAUACUAGCCUUGUUAAUAAUUCAAGCGUGAAAAAUUAAGGUGGUUUUAUUAUUAUUAAAUUUUUACUUCUGAUGUUUAUUAAAUCAACGUCCAACCUAUGAUUAUAAAUAGGUCCACUUUGCACAAAUAAUUGAUAGAGUGCCAGAAUAAAAUUUAUCCAGUUGCUGUUUGAAUUUUCUAAUCUAAAACACAACAUAAAAAUUAAUUUGUUUAUUGUCAUAAUUAAAUUUUUUAUUUAUUUAAAACUGCUGUUAUUAUUUUCUCAUCCGAUAAUUCAAUUACUUGUAAAUUUAAUUAAGAGCACACGGUUCAUGGACAAAUAUUCUCGAAUAUGAGCCAAAGUAUCAAGGUACAUAUUACAUAAUUGCGAUAUUCGCAUAAAUUAUAAAAAGAUAAAUAAUAUAAUUAUAAUAAUAAUUUCAAUGAUAAUUAUAAUUAACAACAAUAGUUGAUAAUAUUUUAUUAUUAAUUUAAGUAAGAGUUAGAAAGUAAAUGUGUUGAUAAGAGGUAUAAAUAAAAAUAAUGAAAAAAAAAAAAACAUUAACUGGUAAAUGUCCGGUGAAUUAUACCGCAGAUUCUCUCACAAUUGUUCAUGCUCGCGCGCAACCCAAGCAACCGGGACGGACAAAAACACGCACAAUGAGCUUGUCCUAGUUUUGUUUAACGUACAAAACACACUACGCACAUUUUAGUAGAUGGAAUACCGUAGAGUUGUCAUUUGCGGUUUUACUCUUUCUACUUUGCGACACACCCGGGGGCCCAUCAACAGUCUUAAUCAUUUUCUUCAGAUUAAUUUUUGUCUGCAACUAAACAAUACGCACCCUUUGUUUAAUUUAUAUAAAAAAAAUGAAAUAAAAUUUAUAUUUGUAUGAA